AUGAACGAUCACCGUGCGUUUCUUGACCUAGUCACAACUGCCGCGAUUCUCGUCACACAGCUCCUCGGACUAGAGUAUCUGUGGGUGGAUGCUUUGUGCAUCAUCCAGGAUGAUGACGCCGACAAGGCCGCGCAGAUCUCCCAGAUGCAUGACAUUUACGAAAAUUCGGCGGUAACGAUUUCAGCCGCUUCUGCAAGCUCCGUUGAGCAGGGGUUCCUGUCGUUCCAUGGCUGGCAUACGGACAAGAAUCCUCGGUGCGACUUGGCUGUACGCUUUGAUAACAAUGAGCUGGCCCCUCUUUAUCUGGUCCCCGCGUACAUCCACCAAACGAACGACUUUCCUAUCCAGAAGCGAGGCUGGACACUGCAAGAAAGCAUGUUGCCCCCGCGGCUGCUGGUCUUUGGCGAUCUAGAGCCAUAUUUUUGCUGUCGGAAAUAUAAAUAUGUGCAUGUCGCCGGGUCACUCGUUCGUUACCAGGACGUAAAACUGCCGCGAUUCAAUAGCGACGGCUCGACAGGCUCCUCCUCUACCGCACUCCAGUUUCGAUACAGGGAGGCAUGGACCCAAGUUAUCGAGCAAUAUACAGAUCGCACGCUAGGUGUUAAGGAAGAUCGCCCGUUUGCUAUAGCUGGCGUGCAAACUUGGCUCAUCAACAUCUUAGAAGACGAGUGCUACUUUGGCGUUUGGAACUCACGAAUCCUAGAGGGCAUUUACUGGAAGGUAGAGCACAAAAAAGGCCGAGAAUCAGGGCACAUCACAAACUGUCCCAGCUGGUCGUGGAUGUCCGUCCUAGGAAGGGCCAGUACGGGGUUUGCGUUCUACAAGUUUUAUGCUCGAACCACGGCUGAAUGGGGCAUCGACUCUGAUCAUCGAGAGGUCAUCUUGCAUUGUCAUGUCCUUACGCUGGCCGACGUCACUUCUAGUGAUGUGCGGGAAUCAUGGCCAGAUGUUGUUACAGAAGAAGACAUAGACAUGGGCAUAGGGACUGAUGGGUCGAUCAAGAACUAUCGCUGGGCGGACGACGUGUGUUUUCUCGGCCUGUACGAAAAUUACAACUUUUUGAAGGCCCUCGCUGCAAGAAGCUAUGGAGGCAGCAGCAGCAGAAAGACGAGAUACCAGCAGGUAGCUACGACCGAUGUCGGCGACAGGGACCUCGAGGAAGACCGCAUCUAUAGCGGUGAAGAAGUUGACGAGGAGAGCAAAGCGGCAGCCAGAGACGAGACGACAAGCUUCAUGUUGCCGCAGAGCCCCUAUCCGCCGCCAGCAGCACUGUACCAUCGAUCCGGCGAAGGGGCUUCGGCCUGGCUUUUGCGACGCACAUUUCGCACCGUGGCCAUCGCCUUCCUGACCUGUCUGUUCGUCUGCGUGGGCUUCAAGUUUGUCAGCGAUAACAGCGGCCUGUCGCUGGUGCUGCCCGACCACAGCUCACACCACGAGGGCAAAACAACUGUCCAUGGACCCGACUCCGAUUCCGAAAGCUGCCGCUGCAGCGAGACUGUCACGGUGCCCCAGCACUUCCAGACGUCGCCACAGCUGUUUGCCGGCCCUACGGCGACGGGAAAACCGGCAUUUCUGGCGCAGACUGUGACCAUCAACCCGUCCGCGACAUACGUGGCCAACCAGCCGCUACAGACCAACAUCGCCGUCGAUGGCCAGCCGGCAGACGGCCAGUCAAUCUUUGAGAACAUGGGAUACCUCUCCCCCUACAAGCCCUCCCCGGGUUUUGGCGUGCAGGAAUACGCUCUCCCGCCCGGUGCAGAGAUCGUGCAAGUACAGAUGCUCUCCCGACAUGGAUCGCGAUACCCGACGCUUGGUGCCAGCGUCUACGACCUGGGGCAGAAACUAGCCAAGUCCAAAGGACAAUUCAAGGCAUCCAGUGCUCUCAGCUUCCUCGAAGACUGGGAAUAUAAGAUGGGUCAUGAGAUCCUCGUUCCGAAAGGACGACAAGAACUCUUCGACUCGGGCAUCGUUCACUCUUACAUGUACUCCAACCUCUACAAUCCGAAUAGCAAGAUCAUUGUCCGCACUACAACCCAAGAUCGUAUGCUCAAAUCUGCCGAGAACUUCCUCGCUGGGUUUUUUGGCCUCGAGUGGACCAACAAUGCCACAAUUGAGGUGAUCAUCGAGCAGGACAGGGCCAACAAUUCUCUUGCUGGUUAUCUGAACUGCCCCAACUCCUACCAGGACCACACUGGCACCGAUGCCAACAAUAUAUGGGUGGAGAACUACCUACGGAAUGCCACGGCGCGCUUCCGAUCUAUGCUCGACGGAAUCGAAUGGACCAUCAAGGACACGUACGCCGCACAAACUCUGUGCCCCUACGAGACUGCUGCAUACGGCUUCAGUCGGUUUUGCGACCUCUUCACAUACGAAGAGUGGCUUGGGUUUGGCUACUCCAUCGACUUGUCGUUUGCUGGUAACAACGGUUUUCAAUCUUCUACAGGGAGAGCCGUCGGCAUUGGCUACCAGCAAGAGGUCAUUGCACGCCUCAAGAAUCAUACGCUCGGCUACUCGGGAUCCCAGAUCAACGUCACUCUCGACAACAACACCGACACUUUCCCGCUGAACCAGAGCCUCUACUUUGACUUCUCUCACGACACAAACAUCGUCUCCAUCCUGACUGCCUUUGGCUUCCAGCAGUUUGCGACCCUGUUGCAGCCGGCUGCGUAUCCGGGCCAGCACAACUUCACCGUCUCACACAUCGUGCCCUUUGGUGCCCGUCUCGACAUUGAGAUAAUCAGCGCCCCGCGCCCAGUGGCAGCCGAUCGGUCCGGAUACGAGGAUGGUGUCAGCAACCGCGAGACCAAGUAUAUCCACUUCAUCCUCAACCAGCGUACGCUGCCGCUGGGCUUCAGCUUCCCCGAGUGCGAUGCCUCACGAGUGGACGGCUGGUGUGAGCUGGAUACCUUUUUGCGCGUCCAGGAGGCCAUGCCGGCACGAGCAAAGUACGACGAGGCUUGCUUUGGGCCGUUUACGUCGCGGCCGUAUGGCAUGGUCAUGGACGGGGCGCCGAUGUAG